GUAAUUUUUGAUGCAAUAGUCUAGAAAUAUUCAGUUAUUACAUAAAGCCUUCAGCAAUUCAUAGCGCAACGUUGAUUCAGUUGCCGGUACUAAAAAAAAAAUCGACCUUGCAUUUCCAUAUCCUGCUCGAAGACGAGCCCUCGGAUACGGCGAUAUCUAUGUUCAUGUAGAAAAAGAAUACUGUUGGAAAUAUUACAAGAAACGGCGUCCUUGUGACUACAAACUCACCAGCAAAGCCCAGCGUCGACCGCCAGGAGUAACUCUGAGAUCGACAUGGCUACGGCAACAGCACAACUGCUGGAGGACGGCUGGCUGCAAGGGGGCAUCGGCGGCAUCAUGAGAUCUGCAUAUACAGCCUACAACGAUCUCCUGUCUAAACGGGACACCCGCAUGGACGGCUGGUUCAUGAUGGAAUCACCGCUGCCCACGACGGUCGUGUGUUUGGUGUAUGUGUGGCUAGUCAAGGUUGCCGGCCCUCGCUUCAUGAAGGACCGCCAGCCAUAUCAGCUUAAGAACCUUAUUAUCGUCUAUAAUUUCCUCCAAGUUCUUUUCUCCAUGUUCAUAUUCUAUGAGAUCGGUAUGGGGGGCUGGUUCGUAGGAUAUGACCUGAGAUGCCAGCCUGUCGACUAUACUGACAAUCCAACGAGCAGACGAAUGCUCUAUGCCUGCUACUACUACUAUAUCUCGAAAUUCACUGAAUUCAUUGACACGUUUUUCUUCGUGCUGCGUAAGAAGAACGAGCACAUCUCCCUGCUGCACGUGCUGCACCACGGCAUCAUGCCCCUCAGUACGUGGGUAGGCCUUAGAUACACUCCUGGUGGCCACAGCACCUUCUUUGGCUUCCUUAAUACCUUCGUUCAUAUCGUCAUGUAUUUCUACUACAUGGUGGCCGCCAUGGGACCCAAGUACCAGAAGUACAUCUGGUGGAAGAAAUACGUCACCACCCUCCAGAUUGUGCAGUUUGUGGCUAUCUUCAUUCACGCUUUCCAGUUGGUGUUCCGCGAAUGCGAUUACCCGAAGGCGUUCAUGUGGUGGAUCGGAGGCCAUGCUUGCAUGUUCUUCUUCCUCUUCGCUGACUUCUACGUCAAGGCUUACCGACAACACAUGGCCAAGAAGACGUCAGCUGCCAGCUUCGUCAAGAAGAUCGUACCUUGCUUCUUGCCAGCUGUCGACGAGAGUAACCAAUUGUCGAAUGGCAAGAUGAACGGCCAUGCCAACGGACACGCCAACGGUUAUGCCAACGGUCACGCAAACGGUCACGCCAACGGACAUGCCAACGGUCACGCCAACGGACAUGCCAACGGUCACGUCAUAGAAUCCGCCUCUUCAGAAACCGCGGACGUGCGCUCUCGGAAGCCCCGCAAGGAGCAGUGAUCAUAUGGCUUUUUUGUUAAAAGCAUUUAGGGUGUGAUUGUGUUGGAUGAAAAUGCGGCUAAUAAUCGUGGCAUCGUCAAGCUAAUUUAUUAACAUUUAAGAUUUGAAGCCUUUUGUGAGUGCGGGUAUGCACUGCAGUGCCCCGAUCAAUUGAGUGCACCUUACGUUCUGUGUUAUAAUGCUGAUCAAGUUUGUAGCUAUUGUUUCCAUUGUAAUUAUGUGUGGUUUAAUUUAGCGCAUAUCCUCAGUUUAAUUGAUCAUAUUUCAUUCUCUUGCCGCCAGUGAGUUUCAUUGUAGUGAGAACUUCGUCAGGAAACUUGUUACAAUUUUUAAGUUACUUUGUCUUCAGUUUCAGUGUUGAUCAUCCAUUCACUCGUGAAUAUUUCAUCGCUGAAAUUAUUCAAUGAGAAAAAAUUACAAAAAACACAAACAAAGCGUCAGUGUUAGGGAGGUGUACAAACUCUUUAUUUUCUAGUUAAUUUUAGGUGACUUGUAUGGUUUUGUGUAGUAAUUCAAGAGACUUUAACGUUAAUUAAUUAUUCCACAGUUCUUGACACGCAGUUUUCCAGCAUUCCGUUUGAACUGUGGAGCAUGCCGUGUUGCCCGUUUGAUUUACGUGCUAUAAUAUCACGAUUUUCCUUGCAUAGCUCAAGGCUAAUUCACUCAAUUCACACUGCCACUAUUGCUAGAGUAACACAAGUCUUGUGGUGUAGUAUUGCAGGUUAUUUUCCUAUUCUCGGAAGUAACCGACUUGACAUGAAUAAAUUCCGUGUGAGUUGAGUUGUGAGGUCGUGUGACGUUAUCUUGAGAACGUUUUGUGAUAAUAACAUUGCUUAACUAGCCACCGCUUGUCCAUAGCCACCGCUUAACUAAAAUGGACUAGCGGUGGCUAGAGCAAAUCCCUACUCCUUACCGAAGCCUUCUGAGUUAAUCUGUCAUACUAAAGUAGUGCUCUUUACUAACAAUUUUAUCUUGAUGUGCCAACGAAUCGAGAGUGUACUCCAACCACCUCCCUCUCGGAGCUUUCCUUUAGCCAAUCUCGUAGGAUGAUUCUUCAGAAUGGUUUAAGAGAUUCUAUAUGCCAGGAAAAUUUAUAUGCUUUUAAACAGCGCUUUAGGAUUCUUACCUAUCGAAACCGGUGAAAAGUAAAACUACCCAUUACCCAAUUAUAAUUAAAUGUUGAUAAAUACGUGAUAAUUUUGUUAACAAAUUUCUCUUGUUUCUAUCAUCUACACGUGUUCUUUCUUAACUCCUUAAUUUCUGUUUGAUUAUGUAACCUAGAAACGUAUUCCCCUUAAAAAAUGAUGUAUUGAUGAUGAGUAUUACUGUGUCCCAAAAAAGAUGCUCAUUCGACACUAAAACUGUCGUUCGCGACAGCAAUCUUGACGUUUACAAUGACCACCUGAUUGUUUUUCAGAUUUUUAAUGCGUAUCUGAGUUCAAAAUACAAUUAGAAGUGCAUGGCAAACCUUGUAAAUUUUGUGUACGUUACAUGCCUUUCGUAUUAAAUAUAUAAUCUAUCUGUAUCUUUACUGCUGCUUGAAAAAGUCUUCGUUAUAGCCUUGUGAAAAGGACAAAUGUAGGUGGCCCAGUGAUAAUCGUGAUCUUAUACUCACUACAAUAAUCACGAACUGCUUUCACUUGCGACUAUAAAAAGUGUUAAGACUUGUUUAUUUUUCUCCAAUCGGUGAAGUUGUGCCGUCAUUUCCUUGAUCGAAUUUUUGACUAUAACUAAAAUUUCGCAUUCCUUAAUGAACUCCAUUUCGAUCAGUGAGGUUGCGUAAAUUUUGUCUUCUGUUCUGUUGAUUUUAAUUCUAAUUUUCGGCGUUUAUUAGCUGCGUAUUUUUUCCCAAACGUGUCUGAUACUUCGUAGCUUAUGUGUAUUUUCCCGAGCAAUUAGUGUGUUUUGACUCCAUAACUCGUCCUCCGCGGACCUACUCUACAGCGGCGUCAGGAGUGCGGAAAAGACUCAGACUUACUCUUGCCGUGAAUUCCGUCUCCCACGGCAUUAUGCCCGAGUGGAAAGUAUUUUCGAAUUGCUCUUAAUAUUCUUCUAACACGUCUAAAGAUUUCCAAUAUAGAUAAUAACGAAGAUAUAGCUAUACCUAUGUUACGUUAUAUUAUAUGAACCUGCUGAAGUGUAUUUACUCUAUAACAUUCAAGUAUUCUUUCCCAUUCCUUACUGCUUCGAUUCCAAAUGCCUUACAGAACGAAAAAUUUCGCUAAUUUUUCUCGAUCUUCAUGUAUUUACUUUCCUUCAUCUAGAUUCAAAUUUGAGUGAAAUGAUACGACGAAACGUUGAACUUUGGCAGACGCUCUAUCCAGGUCGCUGUUUCUGUCAGGAAGUUGUUUGACUCGUUUAACGCGACACGUAGUAAUGAUGCUCUUUGAGGCAAUAUACUUUACGGCAUGUACAUACAUCAGGACUUGUGAGCCAGGCAGUCAUGCUACAUUGUUUACUUUUGAAGAAUGGAUGUAUAUCUCGACUGUUGCUCCGCUGUUGCAGUGACUUUUAAGUUGUUUGAAUAAUUACUCGGGUUGUGUUGAUGUUCUCUUAUUAAUAUAAGUUCACGCCAUGUUUCUCCAGGAAUUUUCGUAAGAGCACACUGAUAUUUUUCGUAAAAUUAGAACUCAGGGUUACUGGGAAUCAUUUCUAGCAUAUAUUUAUAAGUUUCUGCCGAGCAAGAUUAUUAACCAUUGCACAUAAUUUCAUGAUACCUUCUUGCUCUUUACAUUUUAUUUCUCUGAAAAUAUUCUACAUUUUUCUCUUAUGUAUUUACUACAACACUAAACUAUUUUCACAUAAACGGUAUUACAUCAUUAUCGUGCUUCUUUCGGCGGCUCGAAUGCUAUUCACCAGUAAUCUACAAUGAGAAUAAGGACACGAGAAAUUUAGGAUAUUAUUAUCUUAUGUUGGUGAAUUCCGAAACAAACUUGGUGACAAUGUCAUGAACGAGGAGUGUUUGCGCUCCCUCUGCAUAAUUAAAUGUUACUGCCGAUACUCAAAUUUGGAAGCUGUAACAAUGGAUAGAUGUAGCAUUCAAUAGAAGAAUUUUGUAACGUGGUGAGGACGGUUGAUGCUGGAAGGCUGUCAGCCUAGAAACGUUAGCAUGCAAUGAGCUAUUGUGUAACUGGCAUUAUCAGCUACGUUGUCCAGCUUCAUCAGCGAUUUCGGUGACCAUAAUACUACAGUCACGAAACUAUGUUAACGAAGCCUCUUUCCCAUCUCGCUGAGUGUAUUGAUUUUGACAUUUGUGUCGAGUUACAGUUUAGGUUACUUGGCAUCCAUUGCUUUUCGAGGAACGUGUAACAGAUAUCCCAUCUGUCAAGAACCAAUCGUAACUUGUGCUUCGUCAUAGAUGGACAUUGUUGUAAAACAUUGCGGCUCCUAGUGCCAUCUAUUGAAACGUGUUUACCGUGUAUUAUAUGUGCGCAGUUAUGUUCCAGUCGCAUACGGACAUGAACUUGCGUGCGCUGCCAUGCUUCCUGAGCUCAAGAUGUCGGCAUCUGAGAAAUUUCUAUUCACGUUCAUGUGUGACUAUAUUUUCUGCCUAACGGAGAGCGUCUUCAUUUUCCCUUCUUGCGUCUAUUACUGAUAAAUUUGUUUCCUACCGACUAUGGCAGCGUUUAGCUAUUCAAUGCCCAGUAUUUGCAGUUGAACAAAAAUGUUAUCCUACAACUAAAUUAUUUUCCUUGGCAGCGUACGUUAUUUGAACGCAUUGUAAGCGCCACAUUAAAUUUAUAUAUGGAAGACACAUUUGCUGAAUUAGACGUAUCAAAAUUAUGUUGUAUUAAUUAAUAAUUAGACAUGUAUCUAAUUAUUAUACAAGUUACAUAGAAUAAUGAAAUAGGUUUCUAAUAUUUCAUUACCAAACACGAUUGGACAAAUGUAUGUUUUCCGGUAUUUGUGAAGACUGUUCUAGACUUGCAAUGCAGACAAUGUUUAUUAUAUUAAAAUGUAUAGUGUCUAUGCUCCAAAAAUUUAAUUAUUAUCAAAGCAGAUGAUUGUUAAAAACCUCUCUAGUUUAGUAUCCCACAAAUGUUCAUAGUUACUCGUGCAGCUUUCAUCCACUCAAGCGUGACCGCUUGCAGAUAAAAAGUAUCGCUAGCGCAUCUCCCAAUGCGUGACGGCGAUCUAUUUGAACCCAUGUUGAUAUUUUAUACCUUUGUGCAUAAUAAACUCGUUAAGGACACUUUGA